AUGGACGAAAAGGGAUGUCGUCUAACACUACACCACCAACAGAAGGUUUUUGCAGCAAAAGGAACCAAGAGAGUGCACUUUGUCAGUCAAGAACAUGCAGAAAAUGUCACAGUCGCUAUGUGUGUAAGUGCAACGGGCAACACUGUGCCACCUAUGAUUCUAUUUAAGGGCAAAAGGUUGAGACCAGAAUUUUGUGACAAUUUACCACCUGGUAGUUUAGUCAAAAUGGCUCCAAAGGGCAGGGCCGACGCCAGACAAGAAGACAGAAGAGAAGGGAAAGACACAAACGGAAGACAAAGGAAAAAGAAGAAUAAGACAAAAAGAAGAAAGAAGGGAAAAGUAGGAGACAAAGAAAUAGAGAAAAAGGAACAAGAGGAAGAAGAAAAGAAAAAGAAAACAAAGGAAAGGGAUGGCAGAUGUAAGAGAAGGAGAACGAAAAAAAAGGAUGGAGGGGGGAAAAAAGAGAGACAUAAAAAAGAGAAGAAAAGAGAAAAAAGGCCCCCGCGCGCGCGACGCCCCCGCGCACCCCCAGCGACACGAGAGCCGACGCCCAGCAUGGCCAAACAGACACACACGCGCCCCACAGAACGCCGCACACGCAGGCCCCAAACCGCCCCGCCGCCGCCCGCCCAAGGGGGCCAGCCACAUCAAGGCCAAUGCAGCGAGUACGACCGCACCGGCAAGGGGUCCGCACAGGGGCGGACCACCCCCAGGGACAGCGGACACGAGCGUAUCCAGCGACACCGCAGCAGGGAAGCAUCCAGGGCCGAGGCCCAUCGAAGCGCGGGCCGAGCACGCCGCACACGGGGGGGGCCGCAAAAGCCCAACACGCACCCGCGGCGCGACCGCGGCCCACACAAACGCCCCUACGGGCGAACACAACUGCAAAGCGUGAGACACGCCACGCCAACCAUGCCCCCCCCCCGAGCCGAGAGCAACCCAACCACAGCGAGCGCACAACAGAGGACUGACUCGGACAACACUGGAGCAGACGCCACAAGAAAAACAGGCCCAAACACCGGAAACACGCCACAGAAAGCACGCGGCCCCCCCGCGCACACCCGUCCUCAAGAGACCAAGAGAGCCACGCCGGAAACGCAGGUCGGGCCCCCUUGCCCUGCCGGGGAAGUAGCCCACCCAGACGUCGCGAACGCACCCCGCCCGAGCCCCAAGCACGGAGAGCACGGACCCAGCCGCGGGCCCCGCCAGCGCGGCGCCGGGGUCGGCGGCACUCAGCCGCGAGAGAAGGGCGGAGCGGCCACGCCGACGCGGUACCCGCCGCCCCCCGCCGCUCGGCCCGGCCCCGGAAGAAACACGUCCAGCGCACGCCAACGCCACGCGACCCAGCGAAGCGGGGGGAGUAACGGGAGGGCCGCCGGCCGCCACGAGCGGGCGCGGACGGGGCCACAACAGCAGCCUACAGACGACCCGCCCACCCGCCCCCCACCCCCCCCACAGCCGCCCCACAAAGGAGCCCCUGGCCGACCCCCCCGAGCGCCCAGGCGGCCCCCCCGCAGCCCCCGAGAGCCCCGCCCCCCCGCGCGGCCAACAGAGCCCCCCGCCCCACCCCGCCCGCCGCCCGGCGUUCACACCCACCCCCCCGUCCGCCGCCCCCACCACCAAGUAACCCACGCCCACCCGGCCCCUCCGCCGCCCAGAGCACCGACACACCCACAGCCCCGCUCUCGCCCGCGCCGCCCCAAUCCCCCACGCACGUCCCCCCCGCCAUCUAGCCGCGCCCACCCCCAGCGCACCGGCCCCUCCCCGCGCCACCACCCCUGCCCCCACACCCACAAAAGCGCACGGCGGACAGCCCGACCCCCCGAGCCAGCACCGGCCCACCGCCGGCGCCCGCGACAGGCCCGGAGCCCCCAGCCAAAAACCCCCCCCGCCACGAACGUGACCGACCCCUGCGCGUGCUGGACCGGGCGCCCGGGCGGCACGCGAAGAGCCAUCGCCCCAACGACCGCCCCCCCGGGCCGCCGCAUCCCACCCAGCGGAGACCCCCGCACCUCGUCACACCGCGCGGCGCCCCCCGCCCGUCCAGGCCCCGCCACCGCCGCACAGUUACACACCGCCAAACCGGCCGACGAGUCGACGCCCGCAGGCCCGAGCCGCCCAGCACACGCCAAACCCACCCGCACCCCUACGACCCCCACAACCAGGACACAGCAACGCGCGCCCGAGCCGCCCACCGCGGCCGGCAAAAACAACCGACCAGCACGCGCGGCCAACUAA